UUGACCAAGAUACAUCUUUUUCACCAGUGAUAGGAAGCUCUUUCUGACACCAUUAGUUACUACGUUAGAAGAUCUGCAUUGUGGAGCUGAUAUCGAGCUUGCUGUUAACAGAAUGCUUUCCCCAUUAAAAAGGAAAGCAUUUAUAUCUCCAGUACCAGUUCAGAGUGGGCAGGAAAAUGGCUAUGCUUUAGAUGCACCAGGAGAAAGAAAUGAAUGCAGUAACAGUGUGUUGAGACCUGGGAUCCAAUCAGCUGAUGACAUGGAAGCGGAAGGAAUUUCCAUCAGUGAGUUGUCAUUACAGCUUUUCCUCACCGAUGACCGGGGUUUAAGUUGCAGGCCAAUUGUGAAGGAGUCACCCAUAAAACCUGGUGGAUUGGUGAAAGUCAUCCUAGAGUGGAUUGGCAAAGAACACGAGUUAUAUGAUGCCAGCUUUCUCAAGGAUCUUCCUGAGGUUCACAAGACGGGAGUUGCUGCUAAGAAAACCAAGCAGGAAGCCAUCUCUUUGUUUUCUUGUUUGGAUGCCUUUCUAAAAGAGGAGCCUCUGGGCCCUGAUGAUAUGUGGUAUUGUCCUCGAUGCAAAGAACAUAGGCAAGCAACUAAAAAACUGGAUUUGUGGAGGUUGCCAGAUGUACUUGUCUUUCACUUGAAGCGAUUCUCAUAUAGCCGGUGGCUGAAGAACAAACUGGACACCUUCGUUAAUUUUCCCAUUAAUAAUCUGGAUUUAAGCAAAUAUGUAAAGAGCAAUGAUGCCUCUGAAGGUUCUCAUGUGUAUGAGUUAUAUGCCAUUAGCAACCAUUAUGGGGGCCUUGGUGGUGGUCACUAUUCUGCAUAUUGUAAGUUAAUUGAUGACAAUAGAUGGUAUCAUUUCGAUGAUGCUCAUGUUUCACUGGUCAGCGAGUCUGAAAUCAAGACAUCUGCUGCUUACGUGUUGUUCUAUCAGAGAGUUAAAUGUCAACCAACUGGAACAGUUGGUGAAACAUCCCAGGAUUGCAUGCUCUGAUGCUUUGCUAUUUUCUUAAACUACGCCAUAAUUGGAGUUUUUACAAUGCGGCAAGGUGUUCUUGCACCACACUGGCAAUCUUGAUGGAAUUAGUCUUUGAUACAGACAUCGCAAUGGACACGUAUGGAUAUAAAUCAGAAUGCUGGAGUUGGAAGUAGCAGAUCAGGUAUAAACUAGGAUAAGGUUAUGCUUGCUAUGAAAGAUGGGCAUUAUUUGAGUGGGAGACUAUUAUUACUUUUGUGGAGAAGUUUUGGAUCCCGUCUAGAUACUCUGCUUGAGGCACUUUGUUGGUAAGGGGUAUUUACUGAUGGCAUGAUAACUUCAGACUGGAUCUUAUUUUAUUCCCCCGUGUUUGUUUAAUACCCAGCCCAGUAAUGAGUGGGUGGAGCUGGAUAAGUAAAGUAAACCACAUUUUAACUCUUACCAUUCUUAUUUGUGGAGUGCUAUUAAAUUCUUGUUAGCAAACCUGACAUUAAUGCAUGUUCGGUAUGUACUAGAUUGUAUUGUACAGUGAAUAAUAUUUAAGAUUUUCUUUCUUA